GAGGCCUUUCUGUUCCUCAUCUGAUCAGCUGACUUGAAUGUGAUGCUGCUGGAAAGACCUCUAGUAUUACGAUUUGAUUGGCAAUUAUGAAUAUUAAACCUUCGGAAUUGUACGGUAGUAAUUGAUUAGUGUUCGAAUAGUUUUGUCAUUAGAUCUCAGCACCCAUCUCUGUGCAUUCCGUUGUGAGCCUGUAGUGAUCAGUGUGUAGCUGUAGCCAUGACAGAGUUCUGGUUGAUCUCAGCUCCUGGAGAGAAGACAUGCCAGCAGACAUGGGACCAGAUGAUGGUGGCCACCACGCGCAACAACAACCUGUCCACCAACAACAAGUUCAACAUCCCAGACCUCAAGGUGGGGACGCUAGAUGUGUUAGUUGGGCUGUCGGAUGACCUGGCCAAACUGGACUCCUUUAUUGAAGGUGUGGUGAAGAAGGUGUCUCAGUACAUGGCUGAUGUGUUGGAGGACAGCCGAGACAAAGUCCAGGAGAACCUGCUGGCCAACGGAGUGGAUCUGGUGACCUACAUCACACGGUUUCAGUGGGACAUGGCCAAGUACCCCAUCAAGCAGUCACUGAAGAACAUCUCUGAUAUCAUAUCCAAGCAAGUAAGCCAGAUUGACAACGACCUGAAGGCCAGAGCGUCUGCCUACAACAACCUGAAAGGGAACCUGCAGAAUCUGGAGAGGAAGAACGCGGGGAGCCUGCUGACCAGGAGUCUGGCUGACAUUGUCAAGAAGGAGGACUUUGUGAUUGACUCAGAGUAUCUGAUCACUAUGCUGGUGGUUGUACCAAAGACAAGUUAUGCUGACUGGCAGAAGACCUAUGAAACGCUGUCUGAAAUGGUGGUACCCCGAUCCACUAACCUGCUAUUUGAGGACCAUGACAGUGGUCUGUUCAGCGUCACCCUAUUCAGGAAGGCCAUCGAUGACUUCAGACACAAGGCCAGAGAGAACAAGUACACAGUCAGGGACUUCCAGUACAACGAGCAGGAGAUGAAUGCGGACAAAGAGGAGAUGACACGUCUCUCCACAGACAAGAAGAAGCAGUUUGGGCCACUGGUGCGAUGGCUGAAAGUGAACUUCAGUGAGGCCUUCAUCGCAUGGAUUCACAUCAAGGCUCUGAGGGUCUUUGUGGAGUCAGUCUUAAGAUAUGGGCUGCCUGUGAACUUCCAGGCCAUGCUGCUCCAGCCCAACAAGAAGAACAUGAAGAAACUGAGGGAGGUUCUCAAUGACCUAUACAAACACCUGGACAGCAGCGCUGCAGCUGUCAUCGAUUCUGCCAUGGAUAUCCCUGGUCUGAACCUGAGCCAGCAGGAGUACUACCCUUAUGUUUACUACAAGAUAGACUGCAACAUGCUGGACUUCAAAUAGAUUUUCACUGUACCUGACUCCUCUGUUCUGUCUUGUCUUUAUGCUUACCGACUAACUUGUGUUUUCCCGUAAAUCUUUCUCCCGGUUUUGCUCUUUUCCCCGUUCUCUGCUCUGCUAUCUGCUCUCCUCUCCUCUAAUCCUCCUCUCUUCUGCUUUGCUCAUGUCUGGGUGAUACUGUUUUUCCUUGCUCUCCUCAGAUGUGCAUGCUCAUUCCUUGUGGUUUAAAGCACUUAAAGUGACCCCUCCAUUUGUACAAACUGAGGACAAACAAUGGCUUGAUGUUAAUUUUGUUUGUUUUGUUUACAGAUUUUUUUGAAAACUGCAUAAUCAAAGUACACUGUAUUUUAAGGCCCAGUGCAGUCAAAAACGUGAUUUUUCCUGUGUUUUAUAUAUAUUCCCACACUGAGGUUGGAAAUAAAUUGUGGCAUUAUGAUAAUGCUGUUUUAGUGUAAGACGGACUCAAAUUUCAGCCUGUUUUGGUGGGAUGGAGUUUUGGCCUGACUGGUGAUACAUUCAUUAAUAGACCAAUAAGAAAGUGUUCCAAACCUCUCUGCCAAUAACAGCUAGUUUUCAGUUUUCCCAUCCCCACUCCAAAACAGUCCUAGUAAAAUUCUUGCUAGAGAAAUUGAUCUUGCUAAAAUGCCAUUUUUUUGUUACUUUUUGACAAUUUUAAUUGAAAACAAUCACAGUAUUUCAUUGUUACCCAGAAAUUAUUUGAUAUCGAGAUAAAACGGCUGCAUUGGGCCUUUAACUAUGUGCUGAAACGAAUGAGCUCUCUAAAUAUCUAUUUAUGGUAGUUUAUGCAUUUUCAAUCAUUCCACAUCUGUGUUGUGCAUAUUGAUAGCUACAUCUUUGAGUGAUACUAUUCAUAGUUACUUGUAUAUGUGAGAAAUGUGUUAUUUUACCUGCACAUCCAAGCACAUCUGGUACGUGUUCAUGAGGUAUUGGUUCACCUUGGCAACAAAUAGUGUUACAAAGAUGCUAUAAAUAUUUGUGUGUUGUCGCAUGUUGUGUAUAUUUGAUGUUAAAAGAUAUAUAUAUAUAUAUAUAUGUGUAUGUGUAAGCAUUAUGUAUGCCAUAAAUAGAUAAACAGUCAA